CUAAUCAAAUCGAAAAUUGUUGAGAAUGGUUGAGAAUUGUGAAGUGUGUUGUACUGUAUUCAAUAUUUUUUAUUAAAAUUUUCUGAGGUUUAUCUACUGGACUUUAAUAUAUGACUCAAUUGAUUUAGAGUGUAUACUGUAUCGGCCCAUGGAUUUGUUUGUUUUGUGCUGUGAACAAUAUUACCUAUAGAACAAUGUGAGUGACCGCGACAUAUUGUUAUAGCAACGCGCAAUUUUGGACGAAUUUACGUUAAAUAAAAUUAGUUCUUAUCGCGCAUUCUUAUCAUAAUUCCCUACUCAGCUGCAACUCUUAACGUCCAAAUCACGUACCUAAUUGCCGCAGGUACGGCCAGAAGAAAGAGAAAGCGAACGUUCGUCUCGCCAAAUUGCAGAAUACGAUUCGCCGCUGCCGUGUAAACGCGUUAUUUUCGUUGUGAUAAAAAAUUAAAUGUUUUGCUAUUAAAUAUAAGUGAAAAGUGUUUUUAACAGUGAUUUCACUAUUUGAGAUGUAAUAUAGUGAUUUUUUAAGUGUUAAAAACGACGCAUUCCGUUCCUAAUACGCUCAAAUUCGUUUACGCUAACGUCGAUCUCAAAUCUCGAUACAGUUAAACAAAAGCAGUUCCUUAUAAUGGCUAGUGACUUACAUAUUUUAAUACGUCCAUACAGUGAAUUGAAGUGUUUUUACAAGUGAAUUAAAGUGCUAGUUGUAGUUUAUUUGUUGUAAUUUCGCAAUGGGAAAUUGAUUUGUUCGCGCGGUUCGUGUACAACGCCAUCUAUCGUCGAGUGGUGAUGUUAACUUGAGAAUGGAGGCCGGUUUCAUACCGGUGACGGCGGGGAAUGUAGGCGGGACUGUUCCGCCGCCCGCCGUCGUGGCGCCACCGGUGAACGUCAUUCGGGCUCCGGGCCUGAAACGCGGAAAAAUGGAAGAGGCUAUUUCGGAUCGGAUCAAGUUAGAAACCGUCCUCGGGAUAACAGUGAGCAAUAAUGCCGCACUAGACUGCAAUCCCAACACGGAACUGGUGGCUUAUCCUGCAGGAUGUACGGUGGUCCUCUACAACUCGCGCAAGAACCGGCAGACUCACGUGCUCAACGCGUCAAGGAAGAGCGUCACAUGUGUUGCUUUUUCCCCGGACGGCCGGUACUUGGCCACUGGGGAGUGCGGCCAUGCGCCCGCCGUACGCGUUUGGGACCUUCAGGAUCCAAGUGCGUCUGGUGCGGUUCAGAUUGCCGAGUUCCCGGGGCACACGCAUGGAGUUAAUUGUGUAGCGUUCUCAACAUCUUCCAAGUAUCUGGUGUCGGUCGGUUCGCAACAUGACAUGAUAGUUAAUGUUUGGGACUGGCGCGCCAAUCUGAAACUUGCAAGCAAUAAGGUAUCAUCUCGAGUUAAAGCAGUCAGUUUCUCAGAAAGUGGGAACUACUUCGUAACAGUCGGCUUUAGGCAUGUGAAGUUUUGGUAUCUGGAAUAUUCAAGAAAUGCUAAGUUUAAAGAACCUGUACCUCUGAUGGGGAGGUCGGCCAUCCUCGGCGAGCAAAAAGACAAUGAGUUCUGUGACGUCGUAUGCGGUCGAGGCGAGGCGGCCGACAGCACGUAUGCCAUCACAAGGGGAGGGUUGCUGUGCGAAUUCAACAGCAGAAGGUUGCUGGACAAGUGGGUGGAGUUGCGGACAACAUCAGCCAACUGCAUGGCGAUAGGAUCGGAGUACAUAUUCGUUGGAUGCGCGGAAGGCAUCGUGCGAUGUUUCGCGCCCGCGUCGCUGCGAUACGUCACUACGCUGCCUCGGACCCACUACCUCGGCGUCGAUGUCGCGCAGGGACAUAAUAUUAACCAUAUGUUCAGUCAGCCAAACAACGCGAGGUACCCUGACGCAAUAGCUUUGACCUACGACGAACGCAACCACAAGCUGACCUGUGUAUACAACGACCACAGUUUAUAUGUGUGGGAUGUCAGAGAUAUUAAGAGGGUAGGCAAAUCACACUCAGCGCUAUACCACUCUGCGUGUAUAUGGGGAGUGGACAUGAUCAGCCAGGGCCCCCUCGGCGCGGGGGCCUUCCUCUCUUGCUCCAGCGACGACACCGUGCGACUGUGGGCGCUCAAACCUAACGAAACUAAUAUUUAUAGCAAUGAACUAACCAAAGUACUGUAUAUUGACCCCGAGAUGAAGUUCCUCAAGGAUGUGGAUCUGACGGCCACUAGUGAUAAGGAUAAGUCUAAGACCUACGACGACAAGACCGGUGUCAGAUGUGUGCGUGUAUCGCCUUGCGGGCGACACAUAGCGGCGGGCGACCGAGCGGGAAACGUGUGGAUAUACGACAGCUCGGGGACUCUGUUACACACGCUCGAGGCGCACGACGCGGAAGUUUUAUGCCUCGAGUAUGCGGCUUCGCCUCGAUUACUUGCCUCGGCUUCGAGGGACCGCCUUGUGCAUGUUUUUCUAGUUGAACGGGGCUACCAAAUCCUACAGACACUAGAUGAGCACUCGUCUUCCAUCACGGCAGUUAGAUUCUUAAGUUCCGGCAGCGGCUUACAGAUGGUGUCGUGCGGCGCGGACAAAACUAUACUGUUUAGGCAACUUAGAACUACGCAAGACGGCAGUUACCAGUUUGCGCGAGGACAGAACGUGUCGGGAAGAACGACGCUCUACGAUAUGGAAGUCGACGCGGGCGGAAGGCAUAUACUGACUGCUUGUCAGGAUCGCAACGUCCGUGUAUACAGCGCAGCGCACGGCAGGCAUACGAAAACCUUCCGAGGGACUACGGCCGAAGAUGGCACCCUAAUAAAGGUGGCAUUGGAUAGUAGUGGGAUCUACUUGGCUACCUCAAGUACGGACAAAAUCCUCAGUGUAUACGACUAUUACUCCGGCGAAUGCAUGGCUACUAUGUAUGGCCAUUCUGAAAUCGUCACUGGACUGAGGUUCACUCCAGACUGUCAGCAUCUAAUAUCGGCGUCGGGUGACGGCUGUAUUUUCGUAUGGCGCGUGCCGCACGACAUGGUGGUGACCAUGAGAGCGCGCCUCGCACAACAGGCGAUACGGCAGGGAAGGAAAGUGGCGCCCACAAAUGGGGUGUCGGGAUUGGAGAGCGAAACGGACUCGCAUCUCGGAUCGCCUCCGCAAGAACUUGUAGAGGAAGACAAAUUCACUACGCCCCUUGUGCCGGAUUAUACGCUACGAAUAGGCCGUUUACCUUCCUGGGCAAAGAAGAGCCUGGGUGAUGAGUUAUCUGCGGAUUCCCCACGGCCCGCGCCCGGCCAAAUGCCUCCACAACCGCCUACUAGAGGGAAGUGGGCUACUAGAAUAUUUCCUAAUCCUGAUAAACGCGGUGAUUCCGAUGGGUCUAAAGACAGUUCUAUCGACAGUGGUACGGACACAAGGUAUAAUGACAAGCGAAGAGAGCCGGGAGGCAAGCAGAGGCCGAAAUCGCUCAACUUAUCCCAACUGCGUGGCGUUGAGGCGCUCUUCCGAAAUUUUGACGCCACCAUGAAAACAACGUACGAUAUCUUGUCAAUAUCGCCGAGGGUCGAGAAGGUGACGUUAAAUUUAUCGAAAAAUCGAACGACGGACGCGCGAACGCGUCACCACACAGACGACUCCUCCCUCGGCAGUUUUAAAUUUGAGGACCAAGAGUCGACGGAACACGACGGCGAUAUUGAAGAUAUCUCGGACGGUGAGAGGACAUCGUCGUCAGAAAGCAGAAACAGACCCACCUACUAUCCCGGCAACAAUGACGACGAGACUGCGAGUAAGUUUAUGGUGAACGCAAUGGAUCAGCUGGAGUUGCGGCAGUCUGUGCGGCGCGCGCGGCGCUGGGGAGCAGAGAACAGGCUCGACAUCCCCGCCGCCUCGGCCUCGCUCAGCGGCUCACCGCACGACUCCGAGGACGACGAGGUAUCGACACCAUCAGGCGACAAUGCGGAACGCAACCCACUGUCGGGCUCGUGUGAGUCUAUCGACGCUGUGGGCCGGAGGGAAAGUUACAUCAAGUCAGCCUUCGAUAGUCUUAGUGGUCUAGAAGCGGACACACAUGUCACCAGUAACAACUCUUUAUCAGCUCAACAUUUGUCCCGCGGUCCAGCGCCGAGGGUGGACCCCGAGGCGGCCAGAAGACGAGAAGAACUACAAAGGAGGAUAUUAGAAACUAGGAGACAGCUAGAAAGUGUGGCGUUCCGAUCGAAUCUGAAAUCGAGUCAAUCCACCACAGAUCUGUCGUACAUCCCGGAGAAGGAUGGCUCGCGACGCAAUAGACCAGUCUCUAUGGCCAUACCGAGCAAUUCCAGACCUUAUGGAUUUUCUAACUCCCCCGUUUGCCACGAAGAGAAUCUAGAUAGCUUAUCGACUAACUUCUUUGAUAGCUUAAACUAUCAGAAUGUAAAUAUGGACUUUCGGAACAAAAACCCCUACGCCAUACCUGCGAAUUUAAACCACAAAAUCAUACCGGAAUAUUUUGACAAUACUCCACCGUAUGUACCACCAAGAGUUAACUUACAUUCAAGCCAAAAUCACAGACAAAACAUGAACGUACCAUUAAACACGAAGCCCAUAGUAAUCUCUAAAGACAAUAUACCAAAAAAGCAGAACUUAUCAUUUACAGUUGACAUGAGUAAGAAACCAGGAUCCAAAGUUUUUAACCGCCUAUUUCCAACCGCUUGUGAGGAAAAAGAACCUCCGAAAUUGCCUCCACGAAAUUUUCAUUUAAAUCUUAAUGAAAAACCUAAACUGAAAACGCCAAAGCCCAAUGCUAGGAGUAUAUUUAAAAAUUAUAAGUCGUGUCCCGUUUCACCCGUAUCGGAAGAAUGUAAAUGGGGGGAUAAAAUUGCGGAACAUGAAAAUAAUCAAAAGAAAGAAAACCCAAAGAAACCUGCCAUUGACACAAGAAAAAGAAAUUCUCUUAGCUUUUUCAUCGGUCUUGAUAGUAAGAUUAAAGAUAGCAGAAACAUUGUAGACACUAUUAAGAGUGAUACAGAAAAAAUGAUUGCUGAAAUAACUAAAAAGUAUGGUGAUUUAGAUGAAUUUGAACCAAACGUCCAAAGUGAUUUAGAUUUACAACCGACUAAAGAAUUCGAGGAAAAAGACGAUGGGAAUUUCUCAUCAGACUCCCUUGAAGAUUGUAGUUUAAGCCAAGAUGUUAGUUGCAAGAAUAAACUUUAUUCUAAGAAAGUUUGCAGAAAACACAAUAAAAGAAACACCAUGCCUCGAAGAGCAGUUUCCGAUUAUGAAAUUUAUGGGAAUUAUGACAAACCUGCAGUUCCUGUCAAAAUGAUUUAUACUUCUCAGAAAAGUUCAACUUUGCCACGAAAUAUGCCAUCGAAUCUAGAUGAUAUUAUAGACGAAGACAUGUAUCCAGAUUACAAUAUGUAUAGAUGUCAAAGCGUAUUAACUAAACGAUGUAUAACUCGAUCCAACGAGUCUGUGUUAAGUGAUCAUUCUAACUGUUCUACUGUAUCUAAUGAAAUAUUCCUUAAAUAUGGCAAUGAGGUUGCAUUCCAACAAGCUAAAUUCACGGAAAGUCGAUAUAAUUUGAAUGAUUCUCAAAAUUGUUCAUCCGAAAACAUCAAUGAACCUGACAUGAAAUAUUUAGAAAAUCACAGACACAGUAGUGCUAGUUUCUUUUUAAACCAGAAAAAAUAUAUGAAAUCAAGUUGUAGUCAAGAAUCAGUCUUGUCAGACGAAUUUCUCGACAAUGACAAUCAGAUGUCAAGAACUAAUUGUAACUCCUUGGAAAGUGUUUUAUCUGAUGACUCUGAAUGUACAAAAAGUGCUCCCUUGGAAAUGCUCUUCGAAGGAACAAGGCCGAUCCGUCAGAAAAACAACCCUACAGGAGUACCAAACAGCCAAAGCUGUUACGAAUUUGAUAAUACAUCCAAAAGUUAUGGUUCAAGUCCAAAUAAUGUGCCAUACCUAACCGGGUAUUUGUAUAACAAUUACCUUGCUGAAAGAUGUAGUCCAAAAACAGAUUAUAAAGAUCAAGCACCAGUAGUUAUUAGUCAAAAGCCAUCAGCACAGAAAAUUUAUGGAUUUGAUGUUCCAGCGGGAGAAUAUUCUGGUCAUAAAACUGUUACGCGUUCCAAAAGCCUGUAUGACUCUGCUUCUAAACAACCACCACCAGCUAAAAAUAUUGCCUAUUACUUCGACGGAAGUAACAUUCAACAAUACAGCAAAGAAAAGAAACAGGUUGAUGAAAUACCAAGGUUGAAAAAAGCAGAUUAUAUGGCUAAUACCAGUAAAUCACUACAACCUAAAUUCAUCGAUAAACAUAAGUACAAGAGCCAAAUGGAAGGAUGUGAUUCAAAUGCAAUGGUGAAAUCCCAAAGUUGCAGCUUUGAAGUUGUCUUAGAACCAGCAUCUAAACCAAAUCCAUUAAAAAAUUUAAUGGAAAAACGAAAUUCUCAUGUAAAAAAGAAUCUUGAAAAAUUCGAAGAGCAAAUUAGAAAGAACACUCAAACUAAAAUUAAUAAGAAUCAACAGAACAAAGAGAAAGCCAACGUUUCUAAAUACAAUAACGCAACAAAGAGCCUAGAGAGAGAUUCUAGUCAAAAGAAUAAAAAUAAUAACGAUGCCAAAAUAACGAUGGAAUUUGUGCCACAUAAACCUCCUAAACCCAUUAAAAGAACGUCUUCCAUUAAGCUUAAUAAUCGAUUAAAAGCGGGUUUAGAAAAAUCUACACUUAGUUCUUCCAUAACCUCCCAGUACAAAGCUAAACUGGAUGGAUUGCAAAAUAAAAAUUAUAUAUCUAAUAGAAAACAAGAAGACAAGAAUUCAAACGUAGAAGAUUCACAUGAUAAUUCAGAGAAAACUUUUGAUGUUUUUGUCAAAGAAAACGAUGUAAAUGAGAAUAGGUCUGAAAUGCAAAUGGAUAGUCUAGAAGUUUGUGCUAUGCAGCAGAGGGCAGAAAAAAAUACUCACGUGAGUAUGGAUUCUUUAGAUGUUAUUGAAGACAGUCAUGGUUUUGCAAAAGAUUCAUUAGAUUACUACGCAGAACAAGAAAAUAAAAGAUAUAGCAAGACUAUUAAAGAUCAGACAAAUUUGAAAUUUGCCAAAAAUCAACUAGAUAAGCCUAUUCCUUCUCAUAGCGGCCAAAACAUUGAAGCCAAGGAAAACAUAGCUCCGGGAAAUGACGAUUUCGAAAAAUACAAAUAUAUCGAGCGUAAGCUAGAAAUCAUCAACAAGUUGGUAGAAAUGGAAGAACGAAAAAUGUUACAGGAGAAAAUAUUAAAAGAGUGGCGUAUGAAACCUUUGAAAGCCAAUAUUAACGAUGGAAAAGGUCUAGUUAAAGUUUUGUCUAGAAAGUUUGAAAAGUUAGCGAAUAAACAAAAUACUGUUCCAAACUUUGCUUCUCUAACUUUAGAAGAAGCUGAUACAGACACUGAAAAUUCCGAAAAUAAAGAAAUCAAACGCAAUUUGAGUUUACCAGAUAUAUUGGACACGGAUCAAAUCGGUUUGACUGUUGGGGGCGUAGAUGUAUCUAACGACGCUGGUAAUGAAAAUAUCGAAGUCACAGACCCCGAACCUAAGCCACAGUUGAACAAUACGUUUCAAAACGUACCGAAACCACGAAAGUCACUACCACAAAGGGUUUAUAACGAAAUGGUAAUACCAAAAACGGAUGUGCAUUUGGACAGUGAAAACUACGAAUCGUCGACGACGAGUUCUAGUUGUACAAAUUCACCUAAAAGGAUGUCUUUUUACGGUUUUAACAGACCAAAAGUGCCGUUCAGAAAAAUAAUUCGCGAACCACCUAGAAUGUAUGCGGAAAAUCAAUACGUUGCAUCGUCUAGUAGAAUACGACCGGUUUUAAAUUCGGGGCACGCCCUAAGGGGUUUAGUUCGAAAGUUGCCCAUAACGCCCGUUUUGCCGUCGAAAUUCUCACCAAUAACAGCAGCGCGCAACCACCUAUCCUCUUCGGAGCCCGAAGAGACGGGGAUGAGGCGCGCCAUAUCGCUCUCGGACCUCGCCGCCAAACCCGUGCCGGCACCACGGACGCCGCAAGCGUCACCCAAACCCACCCAACAAAUCAACCAGAACUCGAGUAAGUCGCCGAGUGGCUUCGUACGUCCGGCGCCGCGGUAUAACAACAAGUCCAACAUGACUAGGAGUUCUAGUGUCGGCGUUUUGAACAACCAAAGCGAUUCUGAAUCUGACCCAACCCCUUCUCGUACGCAACCCCCCCGCGCAGGGGGUCUGAUGAGACCCACCAUUAGCUCCGCGAAUAAGGCCGCCGCGAACACAGCCAGGCGGCGUGGCCUAGCUAACUCUUACAGCACAGCGAGCGUCGCGCGAUCUGAGUCCAGUUCAGAAGCUGAGGGAGAAGUGCAGAGACCGAGGGCCGCUUCUGCUGAUCGAGGGACGAGGAGAUUAGGUCGGAGCGGCAGUGAGCGCGAUAUAUCGGCCAAGGCUCGUGAGGUAACCGCGCGGUUAACGUCUAACAACAAACCGCAACGCCCCAAGCAGGAGUCGCCGGGAGACGCGAAUUUGUCGUCGUCUCAGCUUUGCUCGGCGUUGACGGAACAGUUGACAAAGACGGCCAGCAAAGUGGUUCAAUUGUACCGCACCUUGCAAAGGGAACCCGACUGCGCGGCGGAUAUUAGCGGGCUCGAAGCUGCGAUCCUGGAGACGCAGAAAGUACUCCGCGGCGCGGUGCGAGCAACUAAUGGUGAUGGGGAGCAUCUGAACAACAGAGAUGCGAACGACUCUGGGAACCCGGCGAUGUCCCUGAUCGAACAGUAUUCCGACAUUUUGCUGAACAUGAUGCAGAGCAAAAUGGUCAACCAGUUCCCGCAAAGUCCACAAAGUCUCCCUCCUACUCCCAGAGACCAGGACAGCUAGUACAUGUGAAAUGUGAACCAAUAAACUAUGUGUUGAAUCGUAGUGUUAACUUUUCGAAAAACUGACGAUUAAAAACAUUGAUUUGAGUACGAAAAACCAUUAGUGGUGUUAGAUAUGUGCAUGAUACUCGGGCACAUAUGCCGUUUGGCUGGAAAUAUACUUGUAAAACGCCAUCAGAACUGAAUAAAAUCUAAUUCUGGUAAAAAGUAAAAUGAACCUAACGGUGGUCGCUUUAAGGUUUGCAUUAGCUCACACAAUAAUCACCAUCGCCCAAAACAGGCACAUCGUAACAGAAAAAACGACGUUAAAGCGAUCAGUUUUAGGUCUAUUUUACUUUGACUUAAAAGUGUUUCGAUGUUCUAUAACGUUGGUGAAUUUGUAUGAUCAACUUCAACAAGUUGAAUAAGAAUCACAUGUUAUCAAAUAUCUUAUGAAAAUGUGGACAUAAUUAUAGCAAUUAUAGAUGUGCCAAUUAGUGGUCGAUUGACCUAUUUACGGUGUACCCAACCUAGUUAGGCCAGAUGACUACUUUAGUUUUACUUAGUUUACUUAAAAGGUAAACAAGUAGCUUUUCACUGAAAUGUAAGAGGCGCACUAAACGCGGCCCAUAUUACAUAGUUACCGCGAACUGACCGUGAAAUUAUAAUACUAGUGUAAACCCUAACUCUAGAAGGUCUAAUCGCGUCGCUUAAGAAUUUCUUUGUAAAGGUUUUUGUGAUUUGUUUAUCUUUUAAGCAAACUAAGGAAAAACGGACUAUGAAAACCCGCAAACUCAGGUUGAAAUCUAUAAAAUGCACUUUGUUUUUGCUUAGUUUUAAGUUUCACUCAAAACGAGACAGAUUUAUACCAGUGGUAUAACGCUGUCUCGUUUUAACAUUGUCUUAAAUCUGAGCAAAGUCAAAGUGCGCUCUAUGGAUUUCGACAUCAGUGUUGGAAGUUGGUAUGUCUGUAGAUGCUAUAUCAUGAGUUUUAAACUUAAUAAUAAUAAUAUGAUGUAUGUUGUUGAAGUAAUAUUCCAAAAUGUUUUCAAUAUUUGAUCUUAAAAUUGUGAAAUUUGUGAUUGUGGAAUAAUUAAUGUAACAAAUGUUAUUAAUAAAUUAAUGUUAUUAGAAAAUUGAUGUGACAUAAAUUUCGGUGAAUGUAUUUUCGAUCAUUGUGUAUUUAAUGAUGAAAUUGAAUGAUAAUGAAAUACUUCAAAAAAUUGUGAAAAUUAGGUAAUGAAGGACAUGUAUAAUAAUUUUAAAAAUAUCGUCAUUCGUAUUUUGCAAAUAAUUUCGUAUUUAACCAAACAGUUAUACAUUUUUAUCAAACAAAAUCGUAACAAAUGUGGCAAAUAUUCGUCAUGAUAAAAUAAUAAUUGUUAUUAUAACCUGACAUUUUAAACUGUAAAAAUAAAACCGGUUUUUUUAAAAUAUGAAAUCUAUGUCAGAAUUUCUUAUAUGGGGUUAUGUUAUCCCCCACUGUGUUAUUUAGGUGUAUCGUGAAGAUUCACCUAAAGUC